GCCGUGUCAGGCUAAUGCUACUAACUCCAGCCUACUUCCGGUUUGGGUAGCUGUUUAGGUUCUGUGGAUGGAUUUCAUGAGUCUUUUAUUAAGAAUUUAUGCCUGAAUUGUGUUUAUAGGUGGGCGUCUAAAGUACACUGCUCAGACUUUGCAUGAGAAACGUCAGGAGGAGGGACUGUCCGAUAACUAACGCACGUAAAGGCGAAAUGACCUCCUCCGCCCUUGGCCAGUCGGCACCAUUCAUUCCAGACCUGGAGCCUGCGAUGGGGACGUCUGCAGCCAUGCUGGGCUUGUCUGCAGGGCUGGGGAGUGCAGAGAUGGAGCUGCAGAAGAUGCUCAUUGAUGAGAGGAUGAAGUCCGAAAAUCACAGGACCAACUACAAAACACUGAAGGCUGAACACACCAGCUUGCAGGAGGAGUUGACCCGGGCGCAGGGAGAACUGAAGCGCCUGCUGACUGACCGACAGGCUCAGCAGGAGAAACUGCAGCUGCUGCUGGCCGAGCUCCGAGGAGACCUGCUUGACAAAACCCGGGAGCUGGAGGAACUUCGACUGCAGGUGAUGACGCCCCAGCGGCUGGAGUUGCUCAGAGCUCAGGUGCAGCAGGAGAUGGAGGCUCCGGUCAGAGAGAGGUUCAAUAAACUCGAGGAGGAAUCUGAGAAGUACAGGUCUGAGUACAACAAGCUGCGGUAUGACUUCACUUUCCUCAAGUCCCAGUUCGACCAUCAGAGGGAGGAACACGCUCGCACUCUGGAGGAGAGGAGGAUCCGCUAUGAGGCAGAGAUGUCUCGUUUGGAGAAGGAGCGAGAGGAGCUGCUUGCUCAGUACCACGGUUCAGACUCGCUGCGGGACGGCAAACGAGUGGAAGCCCUGCUGAGGGAGAAGGCUCAGCUCCACCUGCGGCUGAAGGGCCUGGAGGCGGAGGUGGCGGAGCUCCGUGCCCAGAGAGAGAACUCGGGCCAGCAGGCGGAGAAUGUCCAGCGCAUCCAGAUCAGACAGCUGACGGAGAGUCAGGCAGCCGUCAAGUCCCUGGAGGCGGAGCGGCAGUCUCUGCGUCUGCAGCUGGAGCGGAUGGAGAGCGAGAUUCACCUCACACACGAGCAAAACAGCCAGCUGAGCGGGAAGCUGCACCGAGCCGAGAGGGAGGGGACCUCUCUGAGCGGACAGAUUGAAAGCCUGAAGCAUUCCCACAAGCUGGAGGUGGACAGCACCAGGUUUGAGUGUGCUCGCUCUAAAGGGGAGCUGGAGAGAGAGAGAGAGACACUGCUGGGGCAGGUUGACGGUCUGCAGGCAGAUGUGGAGUUGUUGAAGGCUUCUGCAGAGAGACACAAAGAAAUGCUGGUGGAGAAAGAGAGGGAGAUAGUGAGGAGGGUGCAGGCUGCCCGUGAGGAGGAGCUCCGAAAAGCUGCCGUCCUGCACGAGGAAAAGCUGGAGGUGGAGAGCCGCCUUGCAUCUUUGGAGCAGCAGAGAGCGCUGCAGGCUGCGGCAGAGCACGGCCAGCAGGAGGAAUGGGAGGAGCGUAUCCGGAGCGCGCAGCAGGCAGAGGAAUCUGUGCGCAGAGAACUGCACAGCCUCAGAGGCAGACUCCAGCAGCAGAGCUCCCAGCAGGAAGAGCUGCAGAGACAGAGAGCAGAACUGGCUGACCUGCAGCAGGUAACCAGCCUAAACAACCACGGGGGGGGGGCUCUGACUGAAAUAAAUGUGUUUUUUAAUUUAUUUUUUAUGACCCAACAGCAGAACCAGGAGCUAGGAGUCCAACUUGGCAAUCUGUCUCACUCUGAAAGCGACCUGAUGGAGGCCAACCAGCGCCUGAGAGAGACCCUGGACCGAGUGAGGGAGGAGGUGAGGACGGCUCGAGCUCAGGCCGAAAGGAGCCAGCAGGAGGCAGAGAGGCUGGUAGAGGAGCGUCGGGUGGAGUGGUUGGAGGAGAAGCACAAUCUGCAGGAGCGAGACACUGAGCUGCAGCACAAAUACUCUCAGGUCAAAGAGAAGCUGCAGAGGGCGGCGGCCGCUCAGAAGAAGAGGAGAGCGCAGACGGAGAACAGAGAGAAGAGGCUGCAGGAGAAGCUGCAGCUGCGAGAGGCCAGGAUCCAGGAGCUGGAGCUGGGGGCUGCUGCAGCCAACAAACGCUCCUCUUCCUCAGAUGAGCAGCCUCCCCUCAGCAGACGGCUGAAGGAGCUGCAGCGACGACACAACGAGUUCCGACGCCUCCUAUUGGGUGUCCAGGCUCCCUACAGCGCCGGCCCCGCCUUCCUGACCUCCGCAUCCACCCCUCUCCUCCCCCCCGGGUCUGAGGGGCAGCAGACCAACAUACCAGAGGAGCAGCACCAGAGGGAGCUGUCUCUGCUGCGCCGCCGGCUGGAGGACCUGGAGAGCGCCCAACAGCAGCAGCUGCAGGACCUGGGCUCUCUGGUGCAGAGGGCCCCCACCCCCCAGCUCGACCUCUGACCCCCUACACUACUCCCCAUUGGAACUGCGUUUGUGAGACAUGUUGAGUCACAGCACAGACUCCAGCAGAGUUUUAUAUUAAUGGAAGCAUUAUUUAUUUAAAAUAGAGAGAGAUGCCAGGUGUGUUUCUGUCGUGGUAAUGCCGCUUCAUGCAGAGGUGAGCAUGACUCCUCAGGGUUGCAUUUUGUAAUAACAGUUUGUUGUUUACACACUUUGCUCUGAAGCUUUUUAUACAGCGGUUUAUAUAACAAGGCUCCUCAAGCUGUGAAUUGCCAAUUCAUUGUACUGAAAAUAAUGAUUUGAAGAUAAAGUUUUUCUGACAUCAGUGGUUCUGACUUAUUCAAGAUGACUCAGGAUCUAAAAACCACACAACUGUGUGGCAACAAAUCUGUGUACGAAGAGCAGGCUCUGUGCUGGACCUCAGAACAGAAUGGUUCUUAUGGACAGGGUAACAGUGUUGGUUAGAUUUUGAUUUCAGUAAAGGCACCUCUUUUAUAAACUGAGCUGUCUGCACAUCACUUUCGUUUCAUAGAUGGCAAGAACCUCGCAGAGUCCAGCAGGGCUUUAUUUCAUGUGAGAGAGAGAAGGCUGUGGCUCAGUCCCAGGAGCAGCUCUUCAGUCUGUCAAAAGAGUUCUUAACAUGGUAUAGUUGCUCCAUCGUCUCCAAAGGGGCUCCAUUUUGGUUCAGCUUCUCUUUGAUCUGUGGGAAAGACAGUAAAGAAGUAUUAAAAACCUUUUCUUAGCCACGGGGCUUCUCUGACUCCAAAUUACAGCAACAUCCCAGCUUCAAUUCCAACCAUGUAAUGUUUUACUUCCUGUCACACCCCUUUACCUCCCCCUAUUUACAUUCUCUACCACUACAGUGUCUCUUUCUUGGAAAUUCUCUGGGUCAUAGUCAUUUUCAGACUAUUGAUCCGUCAAGUCAUAGUAAGAAAGCUGACUGCAGAGCUCGUAUAAAGCAGCGCUGUGCUUUUCUGCUCAUGAGAGCAGGAAACAACAGUGUUAAAAAAAAAAAGCAGAAGAAAGCUUUGAAAUCUCAUUUCCUUCCUGCACUCCGCCUCCUGGGACCUCUGGUUGCACUAGUGUGAAAUAACUGCAACAUCGACGAUACAUCCCACAACAAAGUGAGAACACUAGAGCCAGUGGUGAUGCACAUGAAGCAGAACCCCCCUGUGGAAAAGGGUCCUUCCAGAAUUGGAGGACAUUUUCUGUCCCACCUAGGACAUAUCAUGUAAUUCGAAGUGAAAUGCAGUUGUAGAAAAAGUGUUUUCAAAAUAUAUCAAAUAGCUCUCCUAAUGGCGACCAUCUUUUUUGGGCUAUUAUUAUGUUGAUAAAUGUAUUUGGUAAUGGUCAAAGCAGAGUGGUAAAUGAUAAACAUAUUAUAAAUAGCAGUAACUUCACAGUGGUGGUGUGCCCAACCCUGUCCCAAACUGCUGAGGUUGGCGGAAGUGAAAGUGAAAACACUUUGAUGCAAAUAGCGAACAGGAAAUGACAUCAUCAUCAAAUCAAAUUAAAGCUAAGCCAUCUCCUUGUUUUUCAUAUAAAAUAAUCAGAAUAAAACGGGUUCAUUUCAAAGUUGAAUAUCGAGGGGUUUUCCUCACCAUGACAGUAGCAUCACAUUCUGCAGGUAAAGCUAACAUAAGCAUUGAUUUCCAACCCUGUUACUAUAAUCUGAAUUAUAACUGUUGUAUUUCCUGCAGUACAAUUGAUUAUCUUUAAAGGAUUAUAUAUAAAACGUAUACACAGUUUAAAUGUAUUACUGUAUUUUCCCAGAAUAUGAAUUCCUUUUUUUUUUGUUUUUGCACCAAGUAGCCUAAACUUGUUCUCAUCAAUUAACUCAAAAUGAACACAACUGUGUUAAAUUAUAAUUGGAUUAACAUCAUAGACAUUUUAAAAAUUGAUUUCAAAGUUCUAGCCCAUUAUUGAGCGUUGUUGAAAAUAAAACAUCUGAUCAGAAGUGUACCAUUUAUGCCUGAGCUGGCUAAAUUAUUUGCUGUGAUGGUUUACUUCCAGCCUUUCUCAAAUACAUUACAGAAAACUAGAAAAUAAAGGGUUCAUUUGUUUGACGUCACAUUUGAUUUACGAGUCACACUUAACAUCCUCAACAUCAUCAGUGUGGCAUCGUCUAAGAACUCCAUUCGCAGAGGCCUGGAAAGAUAUUGAUGUGUCGCAUUAAACAAUUCCAAACUGAAAGAUCCAUUACGUCCAUACAGAAUAAUAAGGGAGAUAAUAUAGUCGAUCAUAUGGAAAUAAGUGAGGCUUUAAAACGUAUACGACCCUAACAUAAAUACAGAUUUGACGCAUCAAAAGAACUUAGUAGUGUGACUUUUAAUGUACUUCAUUUUGUUGUGCUGUUUGUGUACCGUCAUAUUUACUGUCAGUGUUGAAAAACAAUAAAGAAUGUUUUAUUUUUUAAAACCUUUUAUUUAUUUUUAUUUUUUAGCCAUUUAUUAAUAUAACAGAUCAUAUAUACAAAGAAAUGAUAUGGCACUGAGUGAUAGCCCGCCUGAUGCACUCACCUCUGUGAAGUAGCACUGUAUGUACUUGUAGAGCUCUCUGAGAGCGACGGCUUCGUUGAACUCGUUCUCGUGUUUCUACGAUAAAAACAAACUGGUGAAUCAUCCAUUCUCUACUGGCCAUUAUGCUGCCACGAUUCUGUACUAAAGGACAUUACCUUUGACUCUUCCUGCAGGAACUCCCUGAACUCUGAGUCUGUGAUUGAUGGCUGGUCUCUGAUCUGCUUGUAGUAAGCCUUUACUUCCUGUUUGAACUUGGGAAUAUCUUUUGCGUAGAGGAGCUUGUUGAUUGGUGUAUGCUGGAACACAAUGGUAUUAAAGAUAUGAUUUCAUAGAUGCAAACCCUCUCUUGUCUUUAUAUAGGGUUACUUCCACCUCUGCCACGCUCACCAGGCAAAGGAAGGUGUCAGGUGGUAAAUGAUGAGUUUACCUUUCCUAGCUGGGUCUCACUGAGGGAGAAGGAGUCCAUGAAGGCCUGAGCGAUGACGGUUAGGCAGCUGUCCAGCUGUGGAGUCUUCUGCAUGUCGAACACAAACUGGGGGUUCUUCAGGAUGUUGAUCCAGAAGCGCAGAGGCAAACUGCGAAGCAGCAAAAGGACAUGUCAGAAAGGAAAGCUCCAUCUUUUCCCCCGGUCCACAGGGCAGCACCGGAUCCUCCUGCUGAACUCUUGGGCUCUGUGAAUGUCUACUCACAUCUAUUUGUAGUACACAUAUAUCUAUAUAUUAUACAUAUCUGCCAUAUACAUCUGUUAUACAUAAUAUAUGCAUCUGUCCAUACCUCCUCAUUCAACAGUGUAAAGUAUUUAAAUACUUUCAAUGUAUUCCACAUAUGUAUAUAUUUCACAUCCUCAAAUCUUUAUUGUUGAUAUUGUAAAUAUUCUUCUCUCUUUUUGCACUAUUUUAUUUAUCUUAUUCGCACCAUGUAUGUUGAGUUGUUGGAGGAGCAUGGGAUAUAAGAUUUUCAUUGCCAACAUAUACGUUGUAUAUGCUGUGCAUAUGACCAAUAAAACCUGGAAACCUUGAAACAAUACCUGUUGGUCUUCCAGAUGUGCAGGACAUCUGGGUCGCUGAUCUUCAUGCAGUCUGCUUGAGCGUCCAAAAGGUCAAAAAAGUAUUUGACAGCAUGCGGGGCUCUGCAGUUUGUCGUCCCCCAGAUAGAUCUGAACAGGUUCUCCACAAACGAGUGCACGGCCACCUGAGAGAGAGAAGCAUGUGAUGUCACUUCCUGCUGUCAUCAGUAGAAAGAGAUGUUCAGAUCCCCUCUCCUCUGUCAUAACUGAACAUUCCAACAUAACGCUGUACCAUCAAUCAUUCAUUUCCCAUCCUCAAUAAAAGAGAAGCAAUGAAACUGUC